AUGGGGUUUCAGGACUUGUAUGCGCAUAAUUUGGCUCUACUAGCCAAGCAGGGCUGGAGAAUUUUGAGUAAUCCUAGUUCUUUGGUUGGAAGGUUGUUUAAAGCUCGUUACUUUCCUCAUAGUGAUUUUCUAUCUGCUCCGAUAGCUCGUUCUCCUUCAGCUUGCUGGAGGGGUAUUUACACUGCGCAGCCAACUCUCAAGCGUGGAGUGAGGUGGCAGGUUGGCGAUGGUGCUAUGAUCAGGAUUUGGGAGGAUGCAUGGCUCCCUAGACCAGUUCUGUUUCGUCCUGUAUGGUAUGGCAAUUCUGCCUUGGUUUCAGUUAGUGAGCUAUUGCGUUAUGGACAGUGGGAUAGAGAUUUGAUUGCGGCUAAUUUUGAUGAGGGUGAUGCAUCUCUAAUUCUUUCUAUUCCUCUUAGCUCUAAUCAUGUAGCAGAUAGAUUGGUUUGA